CACGCCUCCUGUAUGUAUAUAUAUUUCUAAAUUCGUACCAUGUUCAUCUCCACCAUCAUCUGAGCACGAUAACGAACAAAGCAAAGCGAAAAAAACCCUAAUUUUGACCUGUUCGUAUAUCAUAUUCUCAUCUUCUACUGAUCUCUGGUUUCUAUAUCUAACUAAAUAAAAAAUCCUUUCAUGGAGAUAGCAACAAGGCGAAGCAGAGUCGUACUUGAGGUGGCUGUACUUUCCCUAAUUUGCGGUGUUUCAUUGGUCUUCGCUGGAGAUAUUGUACACGAGGACGAUAUAGCACCUAAAAGACCUGGAUGUGACAACAACUUCGUUCUGGUGAAAGUUCCAACUUGGAUUGAUGAUACCGAAGAAGAAGAAUUUGUAGGUGUAGGUGCCCGAUUUGGGCCUACUUUAGAAUCAAAGGAGAAGGAUGCUACUAAAAGCAGAGUUACCCUUUCAGACCCUCCUGACUGUUGUAGUACACCAAAAAACAAGCUUACCGGUGAAGUUAUCCUGGUGCACCGAGGUAACUGCAGUUUUACAGCCAAGGCACAUGUUGCUGAAGCUGCAGGCGCUUCAGCAAUCCUUAUUAUCAACAACCAGACACAACUCUUCAAGAUGGUGUGUGAAGCAGAUGAAACUGAUGUGGAUAUUGGCAUCCCUGCAGUCAUGCUUCCACAAGAUGCUGGUGCAAGCUUGAAAGAGAGUCUUCAGAACAAAUUAAACAUUUCUGUGCAAUUAUACUCUCCAAAACGCCCAUUGGUUGAUGUUGCUGAGGUGUUCUUGUGGCUUAUGGCUGUUGGCACCAUACUAUGUGCAUCUUACUGGUCUGCAUGGAGUGCCCGAGAAGCAGCUAUUGAACAGGAUAAAAUAUUAAAGGAUGCUUCUGAUGAAUACUUGAAUACAGAGUCUUCUAGAUCAAGUGCUGUGGUGGACAUUAACACAACUUCUGCAGUUCUGUUUGUUGUGAUUGCAUCUUGUUUCUUGGUCAUGCUUUACAAGUUGAUGUCAUACUGGUUUAUUGAGGUUCUGGUUGUCCUAUUUGCCAUUGGUGGGGUCGAGGGUCUGCAAACAUGUUUGGUGGCCUUGUUAUCAUGUUUCAAAUGGUUUGAAGAUUCUGCAGAAACAUUCGUGAAGGUUCCAUUUUUGGGAGGUCAAGAUAUACUUGGUAUUGCGCUUAUAAUCACAGUAAUCCAGAUAAUACGAGUGCCUAACCUCAAGGUGGGAACGGUUCUCCUCUGUUGUGCGUUCAUGUAUGAUAUUUUCUGGGUGUUUGUUUCCAAAUGGUGGUUCCAUGAAAGCGUGAUGAUAAUGGUGGCUCGUGGCGACAAGAGUGGAGAAGAUGGGAUCCCGAUGCUACUGAAAAUUCCACGAAUGUUUGAUCCUUGGGGUGGAUAUAGCAUCAUUGGAUUUGGUGACAUCAUAUUGCCAGGGCUAUUAGUCGCCUUUUCUCUAAGGUAUGAUUGGCUGUCAAACAAGAGCCUGCGAGCUGGAUACUUCUUAUGGGUGAUGAUUGCUUAUGGAUUAGGUCUGCUAAUAACCUACAUUGCUCUGAACUUGAUGGACGGCCAUGGUCAACCUGCCUUGCUUUACAUUGUUCCUUUCACAGUUGGUACGUUGCUGACGUUGGGGAAGUACAGAGGGGAUUUGAGGCACCUGUGGUCAAAAGGAGAACCGGACCGGCUUUGCCCUCAUGUUCAGCUUCAACAUGAGGAACAAUAAAGUCCCGUUCCCCUUGUUGCAUAUGCAAAUAAAAAAAGUUGUCCCUUUUAGAUAUAAUAUAAUAUGUAAGCGUGUUGUUGGUAAUGGUCGGUGAUACAUUGAGAAACAAACAGUAUAGUUAGAUUAGAAGAGUUUCGGUUGCUUAUUGUUGUGUAACUUCAUACACCAACUUAAUGUAUUUCCACAAAUACAAUUAUCUCAUCUCAUCUCAUGUAAACAAUGUGUUGAACC